GCUUCUCCUAGCAUAGAGAAAGAGAGGGCGGCAAUGGCGGUGUGUUCGAGAUCGAAUCCCACACUACUAUUGCUGCUGCUUGUUGGGUUGAUGGUGGCCUUAGCAGGAGGUUUGGGAUGGACCGGAAGCGAGAGAUCCUCUGAUUCGAGGAAUGGCGGAGCUUCCCGGAGGAUCUCGAGAGAGGCCGCCGCCACGAGCGCCGCUUCUUCCAUGGAGGCGAGGACUGCAACUAAGAUGGCAGAAGCCGCAGUUGAUGACCCGGAAGAGGUUGCUUCCGCUGUUCACAUGAGCAUAAGCAACAGCACAGCUCGGAGGUCUCUUGGUUAUCUGUCGUGCGGCACAGGCAACCCAAUCGACGACUGCUGGCGGUGCGAUCCCGACUGGCAUCUUAACCGGAAAACGCUGGCUGACUGCGGGAUUGGCUUCGGCCGCAAUGCCAUCGGCGGCCGUGACGGCGAAUUCUACGUGGUAACGGACUCCGGGGAUGAUGAUCCCGUGAAUCCACGCCCGGGAACACUCAGGUACGCGGUCGUCCAGGAUGACCCCCUGUGGAUCACUUUUGAGCGUGACAUGGUCAUCACGCUCGACCAGGAGCUCAUCAUGAACAGUUUCAAGACCAUCGAUGGCCGCGGCGCAAACGUCCAUAUUGCCAAUGGAGCUUGCAUCACCAUCCAGUAUGUCACCAACGUCAUCAUCCACGGCCUCCACAUCCAUGACUGCAAGCCGACCGGCAAUGCCAUGGUCCGCAGCUCUCCUUCGCAUUAUGGAUGGAGAACCAUGGCUGAUGGGGAUGGUGUUUCCAUCUUCGGCUCCAGCCAUGUUUGGGUGGACCAUUGCUCUCUCUCCAACUGCGCUGAUGGGCUGGUUGAUGCUGUCAUGGGCUCCACCGCGAUUACAGUGUCCAACAACUAUUUCACCCACCACAACGAGGUAAUGCUUUUGGGCCACAGUGAUUCUUAUGAAAGAGACAAGUCCAUGCAAGUUACAAUCGCAUUUAACCAUUUCGGUGAGGGACUGAUUCAGAGAAUGCCCAGGUGCAGGCAUGGCUACUUCCAUGUGGUAAACAAUGACUACACACACUGGGAGAUGUAUGCCAUUGGUGGUAGUGCAAGCCCGACCAUCAACAGCCAGGGCAACCGAUAUCUUGCCCCGACCAAUCCAUUCGCAAAGGAGGUAACAAAAAGGGUGGACACAGAUGCAAGCUUGUGGAAGAAUUGGAACUGGAGGUCUGAGGGUGACCUCCUGCUAAAUGGUGCUUAUUUUACCCCCUCUGGUGCAGGGGCCUCAACUAGCUACGCAAGGGCCUCCAGCCUUGGAGCCAAGCCUUCCUCAAUGGUUGGCACAUUGACUUCUGAUGCUGGGGCCCUGUCUUGCCGAGCUGGGACACAAUGCUAAGAAGGCAUGCCCUGCGGCAAAAUGACAUACCCAGAAGAAAGUGAAUCUCUACUUGACAGUGUUACAACUUUUACGUUACACUGUCGACGAUGCCAUUUCUCCAAUCGCCCAACCUCCGCCUGCUUCCAUAAUAUGGAGCGCAUGCAGAAGUGUUGUUUAUUCCUUUAUAUCUACUUUCAGUGUUUUAGCUUCUAAUAUUUAUACUCUCCUCUUUUACUCUCUAUUUCUUUACGGUUUCUUUCCUUGCAGUAAGUAAAGCGUCGUAAAUAGAUUUAAUUAUACAUUUCUAUUAGUUUCAUUGCCAUACAUGUAAGUUUGGUGGUUGCAUUGACAUAAUAAAGAAGAAUUACAUAUUAGUUACGGUCUAGUCUCUGCUAGU